CUUGGGGGUGAUUUCGUCUUUCCUCUUCUAACGAAGAAGAAGAAGACGACGAGACACCAAAGGCCAAAUCCUCCUUUCAGCCGCUACUCGCCAUGUUUUCAGAGAUUUUUUCAGCACAAAAAACAAUACGCAUGCUUCUCUCUCUCUCUCCCCCAUGUUUUCUUUGUUUUGUUUUCCUUUAUAUAUCGUGAAAUCUAGAAGAACCUAUAAAAUCUCAAAACCUCAAACAAGCCAAAAAAAAAUCAAAACAAUGGAAGGUGGUAAUAUGGACACGUCUGGUGAUGGCGGAACUACAGGGGAUUCAAGGUGGAACCCAACAAAGGAGCAAAUAAGCAUCCUUGAAAGUUUUUAUUUGCAAGGGUUAAGGACGCCAAGCGCUGAUCAGAUACAGCAGAUAACAAGCAGGCUUAAAGCUUAUGGCAGCAUUGAAGGGAAAAACGUCUUCUAUUGGUUUCAAAAUCAUAAAGCAAGGCAAAGGCAGAAACAGAAGCAACAAAAUUUGGCUUAUAUCAAUCGCUAUCUUUAUAGGACGACUCAACCUGUUUAUUCUCCUCCUCCUCAUGGCAUCAAUGUUGUUUGUGGACCACAUUUUCUACCACAAGUUCAGUUAGGAAUUUACCCUCAGAUUCAGUGCCCCAAGGUUCUUCUCCCUGGCGGAGAUAAGAGGAGAGAAAGGCCUGCCAAAAUGGGGAAGCCUCUGCAACGGGACUACAACACGAUGCUGCCAGAUGCUGAAAACUUUGAAGGCCUCCUCAACAUUAAUAAUCAUGAGACUUUGGAACUGUUCCCUUUGCACCCAACUGGACUUUUAGAAACAAAGGAAACAUUAAUGUCUCCACUUGGUUCAACCAAUUCUGCUGGAAUUUCGAUUAUUACUCCAUCCAUCUCUUGUGAGACUACUGCCGGUAUCGACCAAGAAGGCUCUGGUACUGGUGAACAGCAAUUCUUUGAUUUCUUCACUUGCCAAGGUUCUUCCGCAAGAGAUUAAAUAAUUGAUGAGGCUAAGAACAAUGUUGAGCAUUUGGCAGUAAUUCUCUGUUCUGUUGCCUUUUCUAUCCCCCCCCCCUCGUAAUUAGUGAUUAGGAAGGUUUUUUUUUUUUUUUUUAAAGCUUCUUCUCCGAGAGAUAUAUCUGAUUCAAUAUUAUGUCAUUUUGCUUUUCUCAUUACAUAUUUUUAUAAAAUACUUUAUUGAUUCAGUUAAAUGGAGAAUUGGUUUGUUUAAA